ACAAGUUUUCGAGUGAAAACUAUGAAACUCUCAUGUAACAAUUUAUUAAUAAAAAACCGAGACGUUUUAGUGUAACUUAAAAAUAAUUUUAAUAAAAUGUCAGCCACAAGUGUGGAGUUCAAAUGUCCUACAUGAAACAAUAUAAUUGAAAACACAGUCUCGAACGUGGCUAACUCAAAGUAAACUAUAAAUACAGAUGGCUGACCUAAAGGAUCAUAAAACAUUAAAGCACCUGGAUUCUUCAGGUAGUAUAUCCUUAGCAAGUACCUGUACGAGAAAUCUUAUUUGGUAUAAAUAAGAAAAACAACCCACCGGAGAUCAGUCAACUUUUUUCCUUCAGAGAAGACAGACAUAAAUAGAUAAAACUAUGCAUCACCAUCAGAAUAUGGGAGACGCGGCGGCCUUAAAUGGAAUGCUCCCGCCUUACGAAGCCAUGGCCAUGUACGAGCAGCCCAAACCUCGAUUUAUCUUCAAGAUGCCCCGUGUGGUGCCCGAUCAGAGGUCAAAGUUUGAGAGCGACGAGCUCUUCCGGCGUCUAAGCCGGGAAAGCGAGGUGCGAUACACGGGCUACAGGGAACGGGCUGCGGAGGAGCGCAAGAUGAGGUUCAUUAACGAUUGCCGCAAGGGCUAUGCUGAGAUCUCAAUGGUAGCUUCUGGCACCAACCUGCAGCUCUACUUUAACGCCAACCACAAUCCGUAUACCCAGGACCAGGAGUGCGACUUCGAGCGGGAACGCGGCAAAGUGCACUUGCGGUCCAGUUUUAUAAUGAAUGGGGUAUGUGUCCGGUUCCGGGGCUGGGUGGAUCUGGACCGACUAGACGGCGUGGCCAGUCUAGAGUUCGACGAGCAACGAGCACAGCAGGAGGAUGCCCAGCUGCAGGAGCAGAUCCAAAGCUACAACCAACGCAUGGCUGAAUCUAAGAGAAUUUACCACACACCCCAGACUCCACCAGAAGAUCACCAUCGGAGGGGCGGACCUGGUCUUUCGGGAGGACCAAUGGGCUGGUAGUGAUUA